UUUGUGGUGAAUGUUUAACUUCUCGCUCUGACCACACGACUUCCUCCAUUGUUAAGAUGUCAUCUCAUUCUCAUUCUUUUUCAGGAUCUCCAGGCCGGCCAUCCUGGAAACGGCAAAGUAUCAGGAGUUUCAUUGCCACGUUAGGCCCAAGCAUGAAGCUGUGCUCUGAUGACUCAUUAGAAGAUAGUUUGGAAGACCUACUGACUUACGACGACUUGUUCCUGCAGUAUUUUAACACCUUUUUGGCUCUGCCGGUGUUUCCAAUACGCCUGCAUUAUGAGCGGCUAACCGGCCUGCUGCACGAGUUGGAUGGACUUCUACCUGAACUCUCGGUACCGGCUGAGCAGGACACUCCGUCUCCAUCAUAUGGUGCUACAGAUUCAGAAAGGGAGAAGGUCCUGGAGUGGCUGCAGGCUGAGCGCUUGCGUGGGUUUUUGAGAAGUCGCCUCUUUGUGGAGUACAAGCUGGCAAAGCUACUGCUUCGUCCCCUGGAUCAUUUACGCCCACCGAGCCCCCAAGGACUCCGGGGUUACAGCCGCCAGUCUAACGGCACCACUGCCCUGAGUCUCUCCAGCCGCAAGUCGAACGGGGAGCUGAGCAGAGAGAGCAGUCAGCUGGAGGUUCGGCUCUCUGAUUCCCAUUUCAACGGCGGGACUUUCUCCCGGACUCACAGCCUGCCUGACACUUUUGGUCGGUGUCACAAAGCGUCUGGUGUAUGGACAGUAGGCAGCAGGGGUCCGAUGUCCCUGGCCAGUUCACAAAGCCUGCAGACGACUUCCUUCACUGACGGUGUCACCUCUUUACCUCCCAGUCUGAUUUCCAGCUCUGAAUUUGGAAAGGCGUCAGUGAAGACGCUAGAUGACAAGAACUCCCUAAGAAAUGUGAAAAGGCAGUGGAGUGAAGCAAGGAGUGCAGUGGAGGACAAGCCUGAUGGACUGAAGAUCCUGAACAGAAUCACUGUGUUCCUGCAAAGCAGCCAUUUUACUGCCUCUGAGGAAAAGGACAUGGAGACCAAGGAGUCAGCUGAAUGCACAACCAGUCAGGGGCUACAACAGCUUAAAGAGACGUGCCUUGGAUCUAAAGCAGGAAUGGAUGAGUUCCGUAAGUUCUUGGAAGGCACUGCUGGAAUCCAUCUCUAUAAUUUCUGGCUGGACUGUGAGCUGAUCAACGAGUGGAUGGCAAAUCCUGACAGAAAAGGCCGCUUUCUCGAUGUCCAGUGCAGCCCAGGCCAGCUUCUCAGGGACAGCCAAAAAAAGUGCAGAUGGAGCAUCGGACGAGAACAGCAGGAGCAGAUCUGGCAUACCCAAGGGGGUGAGGUGAUGGCCGAUGUGUUUCGCCAAGUGCAGUAUGAUGUCCUGAGGCGCCUGCGCUUCUACUGGGUUACACGGUUCCUGGUCCACAAGAAGAGAGUCGGACUUGGCAGGGCAAGGCCUACUUCCGAACAAAGCCUGAGGGUCGCACCACCUAUUACUGCCCACCUGUUCCUCUCAGGCCAGUUGUCAGAGAGACCAGAGGAGGGUCCUGAAGAUAUCUCAAAAACACGCAAGGAACUGACUUCAAAAAGAACAUCGACGAGAUGCGAGUCAUUUUCUCCUGGGACAUCAUUCUUUCUUUCCACCUCCGUGACAGACAAGCUGUUGACUGGAAUUGAGUGCGAUAAGGAGGCUGGCGGCACAUUUCUGUACUACUUGUCAAGGUUUGACGAGCCACCGGUGGUCCACUGUCUUCUGCUGUGGCAGGAGCUGCUCAGCCUCGGUGAGGUCAAACUGCUACCACUGGCCACUGCAUGGAGGCUCUUUGGCAAGUACCUGUCAGCCACAGCACCCUGCAGCAUUGGGAUUUACACUGAGAGCCCUUCGUAUAUCCAUGCCGUUCACCAGACGCUCACGUCAAGCCGAGGAUUUGUGGAGGUGACUUUACUGAACCCUGCCGCUCGCUACGCCUUGGAGACUCUCAGGGAGGCCUGGAUCAGUUAUCUUCACUCAGACAUCGUGUCCUUUGUUGAACACUGCAUUCCAUCAUCUGCCUUUCAAUCCCCCAAGUCUCCAAGUGCAGCAAAUCCAAAUGAAGCGCUGCCAAGAUUAAGACGUAAACCUCGGAAGAGCAUGGGCUUGGACAAGAAGAGGACAAAUGCAAAAAGAGUUCAUUUUGAGCUGCAGGCCCAACUCCCAAGCAGAGAUCCCCCAGAUGGACACUCACGUGAUCCCCCCAGCCUUUCUGCGCUUCAUGAGAUCAAGUCGAUUUUCAAUGCCUACAAGCGGAUCGUUGAAGAAACCGAGUCAGCUGAAGUGCGAAAGACCCUCGAGCUGUGGCAGGAAUUUGUAACGUUACCCAGAGGGGGCCGUGACAGGACAUACCUGGAUGUGAUGAAGAGACUGCUGAAGGAAAGAGUGUGCAAUGAAGGCCAGGAACAGGCGGGUUCUUUACCAAAACAUCUGCGAAAGCAAGUUCUGGAAGAGGUUCAGAGCGGAUGUGUAAAGGCAGCCACGGUGGACCACAUCCAAGGAUUCCUGGGCUCCCUUUUAAAAGACUCUGUCAGAUCAUUUUGGUGCAGCCUGUUAGCGGAGCUGAGACAGUCUGGACCCGACCCUUCACAGCUGACCUCUCAGAAUCUGUCGUCAGUGGAACCCCUAGUCUUGAAACUUGCCUCCAAGGUCAUCGUGAAAUGUGUCAAAAGUAACAAAGCUAGGGGGGCUGCAGGAGGGUAUGCACAGCCCACACAAGACAACAUGACGUCUCUCGUCCAGGCUUUGGAUUCGGCUUCCGAGGGUUGGCCGACCACAAAGGUCCUUCACUUCUAUCGACAUUUACAGACCCACGGCCCCUCGGAGGGAUACCCUUUGCUGGAGAAUAACCUUCUUUUCUACCUGGAGGUGCAAAAGUUCAAGCGAGCGCAUCAUGAAAACCCUGAUGAGGGCUUGCUGAAGAAGAAAGUCCACAUCCUGCUUGACUGCUUCCUGACAUCCCAGUUACAUCCAUCAUUACAGAUCGCAAUAAAUGAGGACAUUUAUGCAAAAACCUUGCAAGAAGCACAGCAGUACCUGAGUGGCCUGCAAACAAGUCCUAGCAUAUUUGAUGACGCACAAAACCACAUUUCAGUCCUGUUGCUUCCACACUGGAUGAGAUUUCUACGGGUCUGGGAAAAAUUAUCAGCCAGGAGUUCCUCCAAGGCACCCGAACAAAGAAUCCAGCAGUUGCUGAAGAAGAGAAUGGCCCUGCACCUGAACAGUGGGCAACCUCAGAAGACCUUUCACCUGCCACUGAUCUGCCAAGCAAGAGAAGACAAACAGGGCAAGACUGGGGUCACAUACAGUUUCUCUGUCAGUCAAGGGAUAAGAAUUAAGAGACAAACCAGAGACCUCAGCAUGUCCAGUGACUUCAGCAGCCCAUCACCAACUGAAGAUACAUUAGCAAUGUUUCCACCAAUCGGGUCAAAAACACAAACAUCAUCCUUGGACUUUUAACUAACCGCAAUUUAAUAAAUCAGUUCUCUCUUUCCAGGUUUCAGUCAGAAGACAGGAGUUGCUUCUUAUUCAAUGGCUGGGAAGACAGAAAACUGAGACAGUGCAGCUCUCCACGACUUGACUAAGAGGCUCUGCUCUGAAUUGUGUCACUUACAAUCGUUUAAAAAAAGAUCACAACUGCUGCUGUCAGCAGGACCACAAUGGCCACUUUAUUCCUAUUCCUAUUUUCUAAAAGGGGUAAAGCAGAACUGAACAAGCUCUGGGGUAAGGCAUCCCUAACAACAACCCCUUUCUAUCUUUUGCUACAAGCUGCGUGUAACUAAAUGUAGAGAAAGUGAUUCAUGUAAACUGCUUUCUCAUUUUAUGGGGUGCUACAGGCCACCAAUCAUUAACAUGAGCUUCAAAUAUUUUAUUCCAGGAAAUGACGCCUCCAUGACACACUCUAGACAACAAAAUGUGGUUUAAGGUGUAAGCCAAUAAGGGGUGCACUGCCACCUUAACCCCUGGGCACAGACAGGCAGGACACAGGCUCGCUCAGCAUCCGUGUUUAUUUACAAUUAAAAGUGCACAACCACCAACAGCACACCAAAAUACAGUCCAGUCCAUUCCCUUCCUUGCCGUCAGUCCAUCCGCCUCCACUCCUUCCUCGACUCUGGCCCCCCGUGAGGCGGCUCCUCUUAUUCAGGUCCUGGGAGUGUUCCGUGUGGCUCAUCACUAUUACCUGGAAUCACUCCCAAGU